AUGGCCUCCUAUAAAAUUCCAGAUGAUUUCACGACAUUCCGGCUUGGUCCGCAUCUGGAAUGGAGAGUCAGUGAAGACGAUUGGGCAGUGGUGCGCAGGAAGCAAGAUGCUGCACCGCGUGGUGACCAACCGGCUGCACCAUGUAAUCUUGCAGAGUCACGCCCAGAUGCGUGGGAGCUACAUCCCCAGCAUCCGAUUCUUCACAAACUCGGCUUUCGAAGAGGCUACCCCGGCGGCAUGGUUUACUGCCCAACCUGGAAGACCGCCUUCUGGUCGGAUAGCUUCUCUGAGUCGUGGACUCUAUUUCACGAGUACCACCAGAUCUUGGCUGCGGUGCCUUCCCCUGACACGAGGCCUGUCGGGCCUAAGUGA